GCACACAUACGCAGAGUGGACACGUCAAUGCGAGGAGCUGCGUUUGCUGGAUUUAAACCCUGAUCUCUUUUAUGUGUUUUUUUUAACUUCUUUUCAGCACCCCAAAGACUUCAGCCAUCAAAGGACCGUUUGCAUGGAUGUGUGUGCGUUUUUUUUUUUUUUAACUGCAAUUGGCAGCCAGGAAUGAUGACCAUUGCUUGGAGCUUAGUGUGGAUCACAUCCACCAGCAAAAAACAAGCAGGCUUUUAAUCCAGAAAGGAUUCCUCGCCUUUGUGCAAAGAGUCUGCUCGCCGUGUGCGAGGAGGACCUGUGGGAAUACAAGGAUCAAGUCAAGGGCACGUUCGCUACCUCGCUGCAACUCUUCCAAAGAUGCCGGCGAGGAUAGAAAGCUGAGCUCGGGAGUUUGGUGGAGCUUCAUGAAUUCCGAGGAAAGUUCAAACAAACACUCUUCCCCCUUGUGUUUCUUGGUGUGAGGCUAGGAUAACCAUGUGGACGUUAGCGGCAGGCACGCGCUGCCUCGCGUUUGCCGCCAUCCUAUUGGCCCUCUGCGUCCAAUCAGCAAUGACCGUGGAUGACGACGUCACGCCGCGAAUCACUUUCCCAUACGAUGCCAAGGAGAGAUCGGCCAAGAGGUUCUCCGCCGAGGGCGUCUUCAAUUACACGUCGCUGUUGCUCAGCCAGGAGGAUGACAUGCUGUACGUGGGGGCCCGGGAGGCGCUGUUUGCCCUCAGCCUCUCCGACAUCAGCAGGACUAAGCUGCAGAAGAAUCUGACUUGGGCUACUCCGCUUGGAAAGAGAGAAGAAUGCAGCUUCAAAGGGAAGAACCUCGAGACCGAUUGCUUCAAUUACAUCAAGAUUCUGCUGCGUCUCAACAGCACGCACCUGUACGUGUGCGGCACCUACGCCUUCAGCCCCAUCUGCGGCUACAUUAACACGUCCACGUUCACUCUGGCGAAGGACGACGCCGGCGAGGUGGUGAUGGAGGACGGGCGCAGCCGCUGCCCUUUUAAUCCAGAGUACAAAUCCACUGCCAUCAUUGUUGAUGGUGAGUUGUACACUGGCACAGUCAGCAAUUUCCAAGGGAACGAGCCUGUCAUCUAUAAGAGUUUGGGCCAAGGAACAGCGCUAAAGACGGAAAACUCUUUAAAAUGGCUGCAAGAUCCCGUCUUUGUGGGCUCGGCUUAUAUCGAGGAGAGUCAGCCGCUAGGGAACCCCGUCGGCGAUGACGACAAGAUUUACUUCUUUUUCAGCGAGGCGGGGAAGGAAUUUGACUUCUUUGACAACACCAUUGUGUCAAGGAUUGCUCGCGUGUGCAAGGGAGACAGAGGUGGUGAGCGUGUACUGCAGAAGAAGUGGACCACCUUCCUGAAGGCCCAGCUCCUGUGUUCUCUGCCUGACGACGGCUUCCCUUUCAACAUCAUCCAGGACAUGUUUGUCCUGAAGCCCAUGGGAGACAGCUGGGAGAGCACCGUCUUCUACGGGGUCUUCACAUCACAGUGGUACAAAGGUGCGUCUGGCAGCUCUGCAGUUUGUGCCUUCACCAUGGCCCAGGUGGAACGGGCCUUCAGCGGCCGCUACAGACAGGUCAACAGGGAGACCCAGCAGUGGUACACCUACAACCACCCGGCACCAGAACCGCGACCCGGAGCGUGUGUCACCAACCACGCCAGGCAAAUGGGAAUCCAGUCGUCCUUGCACAUGCCCGACAAGGUGCUCAACUUUGUCAAGGACCAUUUCCUGAUGGACAGUGUGAUCCGCAGCGCCCCCUUGCUGCUGAAACGCAGCGUGCGCUACACACAAAUUGCCGUUCACAAGAUUCAGGGCAUGGAAAGGGCCUACGAUGUGCUCUUCAUCGGAACAGAUGACGGAAAACUACACAAGGCCGUCAACGCUAACGACAAGAUGCACAUUAUCGAGGAGAUGGUUCUGUUUGCUGACCCGCAACCCGUGCAGCACAUCGAACUGGACCCUCAGAGGGGUCUGCUGUUUGUUUCGUCCUACUCGGGCCUGGUGGAAGUCCCUGUGGCCAACUGCUCCAACUACCUAAGCUGCGGAGAGUGUGUCCUGUCCAGGGACCCUUACUGCGCCUGGACUGGACGGCUUUGUCGGGACGUCAGGAUGGCACCGCCUGACAGCCACUGGCAGCAAGAUGUGGAGGAGGCUGACACUUCGGCCAUUUGUAACAGGACGCUCUCCGGCCCGAGAUCUGCCCGACCAGCAGCUACCCGUUGGUCCCGUUGCCAGCUGAUUACAAUCCCCACCAACACAUUCCGGGUCUUGCCCUGCAACCUGCGCUCCAACCUGGCCCAGAGGAAGUGGCGCUACAGCGCCGGCGCUAGCCAGUCCCUGUACGCCACGCUCGAGGGCAGCCUAGUGGUGGUGGCGCAGGCCGACAAAACGGAGACCUACGAGUGCUGGUCGGAGGAGGAGAGCUUCCGCCAGCUGCUGGCCAACUACUGCGUGAGAGCGGAACCCCGGCAGGAGGGCUACACCACAGCACCGGGCCACUCGCGCACGCCGCACGUGAAGCUAGAGGAGGUCAUGAUCCUUCCCGGCGAGUCUCGCUCGGAGCAGAUCCACACCAAGACCUACUGGAACGAGCUCAUUGUGGUGUGCGCUUUGCUGGCCUUCUCCCUCGUGGUCUUCUCCCUGAUUGUCAUCUACCGCAACCGCGACCACAUGAAGUCCAUGCUCAAGCAGGGCGAGUGCGCCAGCAUGCAGCAGAAGAAGCCCAGGAUAGUCGGCAAGCCCGCAGAGAGCCUGCCGCUCAACGGCAACACCAUCCCCGUGUCCACGUCGGACCACAAGGGCUACCAGACGCUCAACGACAACUACAUCUGCAGCACGCCCACCCGGGAGUCCUCGCCGGAGAGCAAGAGCUUCUCCGACGCUUCCGACGGGCGACCGCUCAAUGUCAAGGAGAGCCACGUGGAGUACUCGCCCACAUUACCACGUCCCAGAGUGCGACUCGGCUCGGAGAUAAAAGACUCCAUCGUGUGAGAGCAGACCCCGGCAGCUUUUUAUUUUGCUCAGUCGUUUCCUUUGCUUUCAAGCUGCGUGCGGGACGGGAAAAGCAGCUCCAACAGGGUUGAGGACUCGGCAGCUGCUUUCCAAUAGUUUUAGUCAAUUUCUUCACAGCCACUAAUUGCAUACACAAUGCCUGCAGAGUGGCAAUGCAAGACAGAAGACGCUCUCUCAGUAUUUAUGUCUGCAAGUCCUUACACGUCCCCCGGCUGCACAAAAAUCACCAAGUUCAGGUUCAAGGAGGACCAAAAAAAAAAAAGCGCUCUGACUAAGACUGUGUGACAAUGAUGAAUCGAUGAAGGACAAUGAGACUGUAUGACAUUGUAACAGAUCUAAGGAGCGGCGAGAAGGGCACCAAACGCCUCGUACUGCCUGAAUGUAUGGCUGGAAAAGACAAAAAAAAAAAAAA